AGUUGAUUUCAACGUGCGUGAUAGUGGUGUGUGUGUGCAAACAUUUUUUUAUUUACACAUGAUAUUAUUUUUAUAAGAGAUAAUGUACAAAGGAUAACGCUAUUUUUAUACGAAACAUAACAGUACAAAUACAACAGAGUACAAAGCAUCACCAAACUCAGCGAAAUUCAGGAUAACCACAAUGACAAUAACGGCUACCAAUCUUCUGUGAACCCGACCCAGCUCCAACCCUCCGUACCGCAAAAGAAAUCUGACGAAAAAAAUGAUUUUCAGUUGACGAUGCGUACCUUACACCAUGAGUGAAACUCUAAGCCAGGACCCGGACGGGUUAGGGGUCGCAUACACGACCCUGGCGCCGUCUUAUCCGGCUCCUGGAACUCCCAGUUCUACAGUGCAGGACGCACCCCCAGGGGCGAACCUUCCUCCUUUCUCGACUUUCUCCUCGGACAUGGACUCCGGAGGAGCUUUCAGUUCGGUCUCCGACAGACUUUUCAGUGAUACUCGGCUCCUAGACAUAUCAAACUGGGACUAUUACACGGAGGCGCGGUUGCUGGAUAGGGGGGACAACUCCCUGUCCAUCAUCACCUCCCAGCCCCAGUACCGGCCGUGGGAAUCGAAGCCGAUCGACGCGUCGACGUCUUCGUACGCGGCCACCACCCCCGUGAACACCUUCGCUGACGCUUUCGCCCAGCAGAACGGCGCUUCGAAGCUGCCGUCCUUCCAGUCACAGUUCCAGAGCUUCAACGAGCCGGUAACCACCAGUGAGACGACGCUGACGACGCUCACCAACUUGACGCCCGUGUCGCCCAACCCUGCUAGUCCACAAAGCUUAACCCCCUUGAACUCUAAUUUCCACACCCUAAGUGCUGUUAACGUCAACCCGCGUAGCUAUCCCCUGGUGCCGGCGCCUAUCCAGGCUCGGGAGAUCCCCUCCAUCCAGCAGCAGUUCCUCGACGAGAGGCAUAUCCAACUGUACUCGCAUCCUCCGGCGAACAUCACCCUAAACAAUGCACUGCAUCCCACGUUCCUCAACAGCCAGAACGGAGCCAUCAUCCAGAACAACCAGCUAAUCUCUUCACCGACGGUGGUGACGGUGAUCAAGUCCGAACCGGACCUCAAGCUCACCACGCUGCAUCAGGAUCAGAUCAAGAUCCAAAACUUACACCCUACGCAGUUCCAGAACCCCAUGACGCAGAUCCAGAACAGUGACGGGGCCAUCUACAACGGCAUCGAGAAAAAGAUUAACGGGAACAUGACUUCUCCGACGCGGAACGAUUUCCGGAAGAAGGAGAGAAGGAAAAUUCGCACUUCUAGUCUGGAAAGCUCAUUGGACAGUGACGGGGCUUCGAGCAACAUGGAAAUCGGGUCGGAAAACUCGGGGCAAGUGGCCGCGGUUUCGAGCACGGCGGGCUUCAAGGCCCACCAGAUGCACGUGAAUAGUUCCGUGGACAUGGAUACGGACAUCAGUGGCGGUAGCGUGGACAAGCAGGUGAAGAAGAAGAGGAAACGGUGCGGCGAAUGCAUCGGGUGCCAGCGAAAGGACAACUGCGGGGACUGCGCACCCUGCAGGAACGACAAGAGUCACCAAAUCUGCAAGCAGAGGAGGUGCGAGAAACUCACCGAAAAAAAGGUUAGUGGAUUUUUUGUAUGCUUUUGA